CCGGUAAGGUCCUACUGAUUCUGACGCUGGAAAUUUACGAUUCGGCUUUUUUAUGAUGGAUUUGUCGCCAAACAACCAGAUCGAGGACAGAAAACCCAUCCUAACCGCCGACGGCCUGGUGCAGACUUCCAACUCCCCCUUCGAGCCGACCAUAUCGCAGGAGACGCAGACAUCCAACGGCAUCGGUGGCCAGUUGACGGUGGACCAGUUGGACAUUGAAAUUCUGCCGAUAAUCUACGACAUUGUGCGCUGCGUGGAAAAGGAUCCCCUGGAGAACGCCGUCAAGCUGCGAGAGUCGCAGGAUUGCAACCACAAGAUCUUUGAGCUGCAAAAACGCUUCGAGUCCGCCCGCGAGCAAAUCCGCCAGCUGCCCGGGAUCGAUUUCAACAAGGAGGAGCAGCAACAGCGACUGGAACUGCUGCGAAAUCAGCUUAAGCUCAAGCAGCAGCUGAUACGCAAGUACAAGGACACAGAGUUCUAGGCGGGAUCCAGGCAAGAUGGUGCUGCGACUGCUGAUGCGCUACCUGGCCAACAACGAGCAGCUCAUCCAGCGCAUGGCCGAGAGCUAUCCCAUGAGACGGGCUGCCCAGCUGGUCGUUUCCCUCAUGUACCGCACCAAGGACUUGGCCAGGGAGCAGGGACUGCACGAGAUGACGCCAGAGCGCUUCAAGUGGGUUCAAA